AUGGCAAACGAUGGGGCCUCAAAGGCAUGUCGUGAGGAGCGCACAGGGCAGGCGGAAUAUCUCGAGACGCUACGUGACGAGUCUGAGGAGGUUGUGACCCAACACGGUGAUACGGGGCGCACCCCCGAGCAGUUGCCUUUGUCGGCCAGAACACAAGGGGACCCUGCAAAGGAUGAGCCUCUUUUGCACAUCGAACAUGGGCAAAGCCCGGCAAGCCCGGCCUGCUCCCAGAGGCCUGCCGUUGCACCGAAACAGUAUAAAUGCGGGGAAUGUGGCAAGAGGUUCCGGUUGGAAGGGCUGCUUCGAAUGCAUCAGGAGAUCGCCACGAGGAAGAUGUCCUUUUCUUGCUCUGCCUGUGGGCUGUGCUUCAUGAGCCCUUUGUCUCUGAGGAUGCACCAGCGAAUGCACCUUCCGGCCACGGCGGACGAUGAGAAGGCCUCUCCCGGGAAGAACCGGCUGAGCGCGCAGCAAGGCGUCCACGCUCCCGAGAAGUUGCAUCAGUGCGCCGACUGCGGGGACCGAUUCCGUAGGUUCCUGGACGUCCUCCGGCACCAGAAAAGCCACGAGGAGGCGAGGCCCCGGCCGUGCGUCCAGUGCGAGGCCUCGUUCAUGCACCGGAUCGACCUCGCAGUGCACGAGGAGGGUCACUUGGAGGAAGAUCUGAAGAGGCACAAUCGGCGCAGGCGGAAGUGCCUCUGCAAGCACGCCUUCCGGCUGCACUUCGCAUCGCUGCUUGGGCGUGGCGCUCGGGGAAGCCAGGCCGCCUCGCGGGACCCCGAGCGGCCGCACCAGGGCAAAGAUGCCAGAGAGGAGACACUGUAUCCCUGCACCAGGUGUGGGCUGCUGGUCAAGCAGGAAGAGAACGUCGAGGUACAUUACAGGUACUGCAGGAAGCAGUGGCAGCAGAAGCCCCCGCUAAACGACUCCUCCCCAAUCGCUCUGCCGGGGGAACACCGGGAGGCUAGCGAGAAGCAAGGGGUCGCCCAACCGGCCUACGAGGACAGCCGCGGCGAUACGGGGCUCCCUCGCCCUCCCUUGCGAGCCUCCUCCGCUCAGCACUCUUGCCCGGAGUGCGGCAAACAUUUCGCCUCCAAGGGCAGCCUCCGCAGACACAAGCGGAAGCAGCACCGCAGGAGCGUGGCCCACACGGGCGGCGGCCCCGCCACGGCUCGCGCGACAAAGAAGCUGUACAAAUGCCAGGAGUGCGGGAGGAAGCUGCUCUACAAGUGGCAGGUGGCUGCUCACCAGCAAGGCCACGCCGAGGGGAAGAGUUUCAUAUGCCACCGCUGUGGGGAAAGCUUCGGGUUCAAGGACGGUUUGCGGAAACACCGCCGUGCGUGCGCGGCAGGAGGGGCACGCGGAGGCGCCGCGCUGGGCGAGGCCAGGCUGCUUUGCUGUUGCGGGAAGAGCUUGUCGAAGUUGCAUUUUUCCAACCAUCAAAAGUUCCACGCAGGGCUGAGGUACAUGUGCCUUCUCUGCGGGAAGCUGUCGAGCUUCCAGAGCUCAGCCAUUGCGCAUCGCCGCAGCCACGUCCAAAGGGGGCAGCUGCUCAUGGGAAGGGGCUCCAAGCUCCUUUCCCACACGAUAGAAAAGGUGUACGUUCCUCUGGGGCCGCAGCUGCAGAAUCCAGAGGAGACGGGGCAGCCCAGCGAUGCCUUAUCGACCGGCCAGCUUCCCUUCCGGCAGGAGGCCCCGGCGGAGGGUGGGAAGAGCCCGCGGCGGAAAUGGAAGCUUAAAUCUCCCCAGAACACCCUUCCGAGGCCCUUCAGGUGCAGGGACUGCGGCAAAGACUUCGCCUACCUAGCUCGCCUGCUGUCACACCGCAAGAAACACACGGGCGACUUCCCCUUCCAGUGUGCCGAAUGUGGCAAGGCCUUCAUCAGCAGCAGUUACCUCAGCCUGCACUGGAAAAUACACACCAAAGAGAGUGCAUGA